AUGUAUAUUGCAAGACAUUGUGACGAUGUGAAUUAUUCACACGAGACAUUUCUGUCGAAAAUUCUAAAUCGUCGCGCCAUCCGUCGGAAAAGCCCCGAAUUGACAAUCCCAGUGAUAAAUGAUACUUACGAAGGUCUAAUUGAUCAUUUACAAAGAAGAGCUGAUGAUUCGAACAAUGAAGUUGGGAAAAUUGUAAUACUUUCAUCAUCUUUCACAGGUUCUCCGAGAAAUAUGUUACAGCAUUACCAAGAUGCAAUGGCUAUUGAACAAUUAUUUGGCGAAGUGAUUGCUUAUGUGUAUGUCAUUGAAUAUCAAAAACGUGGAUUGCCGCAUAUGCAUUUAUUAGUGACUUUGAAACAAAAUUAUAAAAUAACAACACCCGAGAUUGUAGACAAAUAUAUUUCGGCAGAAAUUCCAAGUCAAUCAGAAAAUGUUAUACUUCAUGACAUCGUUAUGAAAAAUAUGAUUCAUGGCCCACGUGGAAAUUGGUGUAAAGAUAAUAAUAGUAAAUGUUUGAAAGGUUUCCCAAAACAAUUCCGUUAUGAGACAAUAAUGGAUGAAAACGCAUACCCAACGUAUCGCUGCCUUAAUACAGGACAAUACGAUCGCCUAAAUGGAGGAACUACAGAUAAUCAAUACGUUAUUCCAUACAAUCCUACAUUACUUCAGUUAUUUAAUUGUCAUAUUAAUGUAGAAGUAGUUUCAAAAUAUUUCGAUUUAAAUAGGCGUGAUUCACAAGCUAGACAAUAUACAUAUGCAGAAAUUCCAUGUUAUUAUGUUUUUAAGAAAGAACGUGGUGAAAAUGCAUUAAAAUGGGUGAAGCGUAAAGGGUCAUUUAAUGUCAUUGGACGGAUGUAUUCAAUUUCGCCCAGUCAAUCAGAACUGUUUCAUCUUAGAUUACUUUUAAUAGUAGUUAAAGGGGCUACAAGUUAUGAUCAUCUGCGAACUGUCAACAAUAUUGUACAUGACAUUUUUCGUAGUGCAUGUUUAGCAUUAGGCCUUAUUGAAGAUGCUGGAGAAUGGGAACGUGCUUUGGCAGAAGGAGAAGUAUGGAUGAUGCCGCAACAAUUAAGACGUUUAUUUGUGCAAAAUCAAGCGAACAACGAAAUGUCAUUGCAACAACAUAAAGAGAUUGAUGAAAUGCAAUAUGUGAAACUGAAUUCCAAACAGAAGGAUAUUGUUGAUGAAGUAUUAAAUGUAGUUAUUCAAGAUAAAAGAAUACCAUCUUCUUCAUGUUAUUACAUUGAUGGACCAUGUGGAUCCGGACAAACUUUUGUUUAUACAACUUUAUACCAUUUGUUAAGAAGUAAAGGAAAAUGUGUUUGUACUAUGGCAUUUACAGGCAUUGCCGCAAUAUUACUUCCCCGUGAAACUGUCACUCAAAUUGAUACCUUAACAAACAAAAGACUGUAA